GCAGCCCUUCACCUUCAUUCAUUACUUUGGUCUUCUCCUCUUCUUCUUCUUCUUAUCUCAAACAACUUGUUCUCUAGUGAAAGCAGAUUUGACAGGUCGCCGAGUCGCCGGAAACUGUCGGAACCCACCCUAUCUUCAAACCGUCCGCUGAUUCUGAUUCUACCCUACAAAAACAAUCGGUUUUCCUUAUCUUCUUCAAAUCCAUCCACCCAGAAUUGAGACAGAGACACAGAAAGAUCUGGGUUUUAAUGGGUGUUGAUUAUUAUCACAUCUUAAGAGUCGCACAGACUGCAACCGAUGAAGAUUUGAAGAAAUCUUACAAGAAACUUGCAAUGAAAUGGCAUCCAGAUAAGAAUCAAUCUCCAGGGGCUGAAUCGAAAUUCAAGCAGAUCUCUGAAGCUUAUGAGAUCCUCAGCAAUCCUAGAAGCCGCCAAGUCUACGAUCUCUACGGCAAGGAAGCACUCAAAUCAGAAGACGGUGGAGAAGGAUCUUACCGAUUCAACCCUCGAGAUGCAGCAGACAUGUUCAAGGAAUUCUUUGGUGGAAACGGUGGUAAUGGGGAAGGUAUGAAAUCAAAUGGGUAUAAACUUAUGGAUGUUGAAAAUAAACUAGCUUGUAGCUUGGAGGAACUCUAUAAGGGUUCCAAGAGGAAGAUGAAGAUCAGCCGCAUUGUUCCUGACAAUUCUGGAAAACCGAAGAUGGUUGAAGAAGUAGUGUCGAUAGAGAUCAAACCCGGUUGGAAAAAGGGGACGAAGAUCACUUUCCCUGAGAAAGGAAACCAAGAACCUGGGUUUUCUGCAGGUGAUCUAGUGUUCUUGGUGGAGGAAAAGGCUCAUGAUGUGUUCAAGAGGGAUGGAAAUGAUCUAAUUGUGCAUAAGAAGAUAUCUCUAGUAGAUGCUUUAAUUGGGAGGAACAAGAUUAAUCUGGUUACUCUUGAUGGGAGGAACCUAAUUGUUCCUGUGAAGCACAUUGUGAGGCCUGGAUUUGAGGUGGCGGUUGAAGACGAAGGGAUGCCUAUAUCGAAAGAACCGGGGAAGAAAGGGCGAUUGAGGAUCAAGUUUGAUGUUGAGUUUCCGACAAAGCUCACUCAAGAACAGAAAUCUGAGCUCAAGAGGGUUUUGUCCACCACUACUACUAGCUAAUAAUGAAAAAUAAACAUGGUUUGAUGAAAUUGUGCAUAAGUUACUAACUAGGGAAAAUCAUAUGAUGUUUGGCUUGAUUUUAACUUUUCUAACUGAGAGUUGCUACUUAUUUUAAGGUGGCUUAAAUGUUAUGAUUCCUUUGAGUUAUUUAUAUUUUAUAUGUAAAAUAACUGAAAUAAUUUUAAUAAUGUUAUAUUAAUAAAGUUAAUUAUUUCUG